CCCUGCCCGCGGCGCUGCCCCCGUGGCGCGGGCGGUCCCCGCUGCGGCUCGGCGCCUCCUGCUCCUCCUGCUGCUGCCGUGCGGCUGCUCCCCUCCUCUUCCUCCUCCUCCUCCUCCUCCUCCUCCUCCUCCUCCUCCUCCUCCUGGCCGCUGCGGCGCGGGGGCUGCGGGCGGAGCGGCGGCGCCAUGAGCGGGGCGGCGGCGAAGAGCGAGAAGCUGGACGAGGCUCAGGCGCUGGCCCGCAGCUGCGCGGGCAGACCCGACUUCCAGCCCUGCGACGGGCUCUCGCUCUGCGCCACGCACAGCCACGGCCGCUGCUUCCGCCUGCACUGGUGCUGCCACCUGGGAUGGUGCCACUGUAAAUACGUCUAUCAGCCCAUGACACCCGUGGAGCAGCUUCCCAGCACCGAGAUCCCCGUUCGCCCUCGGGAGGCCACGAACACGAUCCAGAUCGCCGUUUCGCUCACCGAGCACUUCCUGAAGUUCGCGCCCGUCUUCCAGCCCCCGCUGCCCCCCGCCUCCCCGCAGUUCUGCACGAUCGCAGACCUCUUCAUUGACAAUUACCGCGUGAAAUGCAUCAACGGGAAGAUGUGCUACGUGCAGAGGCAGCCUCCCCCCGUGCCCCACAAGACAAAGGCCGAGGAAGUCUCUGUCCGCAAUGCCUUACUCACAAAAGAGAGCAAUACACCAAAAACAGAUCACUGCUCGUCCCCUUCCAGCUCGGAGGACUCCGGGAUCAACGCGGUGGGGGUUCACUACAUGGAGUCGUGCGAUGAGGACACGGAGGGGGUGGCCGAGCUAAGUUCAGAAGAAGAUUACAGCCCGGAUAGCAGCUGGGAACCAGAUGAAUGCCCACUCUUGUCGCCCUCACAGUGUGAAAUGGAAGUGAUUGAGACUAUAGAAACCACUGUGUGAUCCGACAAGGUGGUAUCAGAUCAGUCCAGUUCCCACUCAGUAAUGUUGCUUUUGUAGUAUUUAUAUUUUGUUGUUUUGUUUUUUUUUCUUUUUUCUGACAAUCCCUUUUUUCCAGUGCACUUGAUAUUUCAGAUCCCUGAUGGGAGCGUGGCCGCGGGACUUGCAUAGUGGUGAACUAGCAGCAGCCUGAGCAAUUUUAACGUGUUCUCAGCCUGAUCAGACCUCCCAUGUCUGCACAUAAGGUAGCGAUAAAUCCUAAGACUCUUAUCGCUGAAAAAGGCCUUUUUCUUGGUCUGGGUUACAUCCUAUGUUACUUCUCAUAUGAGGACAUGCUGCUUGAGAUGUUUGCAGCUGUCAGGAUGUUUGCAGUGGGCCUUCAAAGCACAGAGGGUGAGCUGGUGCAGCACGCCUGUGAGCAGCAAAACCAAGUUGUCCUUAUUCUUCUUAUAGAUGGUGCGAGGUGCAGCAGCAGGAGGCUCGUUCUGCCUCUGUCUGGCCUCCCGCAGUGCCCGUCCUUUUCUCUAGUGUUGGUGCGACCCUCCCCGAACGCGUUGGCACCACUCUUCCAGUGGGUUGGUAUGGCAGGCUAGAGAACGCACAAAGUGCCUCCAACUUUUCUCCAGGCUAUGCACCGAGCAUCUGCUGAGUUAGGUCAGGCUCUGAAAUCUCCUGAAAAGGCAACUGUUGCUUCCGAGGCCAAGCAGUUGCCCGGAUCCCUUCUCCGCGUGGAUCUCUGGCAGGGGAGCUGGCUCUUGCAGCUCAGCAGGAGGGGGAGCAGGCAGGGAGGAGGCGCAGCAGUCUCACCAAUACCAUUCCAGACCGGGUGUAAAACGACAGGUGAAGGGAAGCGACUACCUCCAAACACGCAAAAUCCACCCUCAGCUUUGCCUGCUGCUUCCUCCUGUGCUGUUGGUGCCGGACACGCGCACUCAGGACCAAAAGGCCUCAGGGCCUGCAUUUGCCUGAAGAAAAACAAAGCUUAAAACACAAAAUCCUUCAGCCACACCACUGUGUUGGCAGAGCUCGGGGACAGCACGGAGGUGCCCGUGAGGUGGCCCAGGCACGCGUAGCGCGUGUGCUUGUCCAGACGCAGCCACGGCCACCGAUGCUGAGCGAGGAAGCUUCGGCUCACUCUCCUCUGCACCCAGUUCAAGAGCAGGUUUUAAAGUUUUGCUCACAUAGCUGGUGAGAAAGAGCUGUUCUGCUGGUGGUUCUGUUUCAGCCCUCCUUAACGGAACAAAAAUACCUUUCUCAGAAGAUUUCAGUCAGCUUGAAUCAGUUGGAGUCAGUAAUAACUGUUUUCAACAGCAUUACUGGAUUUCGUUGUGUACUUGCUGUUUACGUUUCAAAAGUCAUCGGUGAAUAUAAGGCUGUAUAAACGUGUACAGUUUAGUGAUUGAUACUAGAUUAUAGUCCGUGUUAUAGGAUGGCUCAUCUCUCACUGUAUCCUGACAAUGUAUUACUAAUUUUAUACACUUUGUAAUCAGUAUCUUUAGAAAACGUUUAGGCAACAGUGUGUGUAUGUGCACAUGCGCGUGCUAGGAGUUUACCAUAAAUGGUUAUAAAGUAAUACUGUACUUUUUAGACUAACACUUUCAGACAAAAAAUAAUAGGUUUUAUAGUUUUGAUGAAUUAUAUAAAAAAAAGUGCAAUGCUUGUUAAAUGAGGAAGUUGGGCCAUUGCAUGAACAGAUACAUUCUCACAAGGCACUUAAGUAUCCUGUUUUCUUUUUUUGAGGGCAUUUAAACGAAGGCUGUAGUAAAACUAAGUAAGGUUUUAAUUAUUUUCUGAGGGCGGGAUUGUCUUUCUUGGUUAACUAAGGUUUCUAACAAUGUUUUAGUGUCUUUUGACCAUUCAGGCACAUCUCGUAAGGUAGAAGAAAGCAUUAUGUAUAAGCCUACAGCAUUUACUCAUAUUUAAUCUUUCAAUUGUAAUCUGAGUGGAGAGCUGCAAACACUUGCUCUGGUGCCUGGUCUGCCUCAGCCUUCCCAGGGAGGCCGGGAGACUGGUGGGCAUGGGUACGUCCGGGGCCCUUCCCGAGACCAGGGUGCUCCUUACCUGCUGUUGCUGAGGCCACCAGGCCCUUCCUGCUCCACGAGAGCGCCCGUGGUCUGCUCUGCCAGCACAGAGGGGCUGCCGCUGCGUCCUGCUGCUGUUUGGGGGCACCUGCUGCGAGCGCAGUGAGAUGAGCUGGGUGUUCAUGACCAAGACUUACCACGCGGUCCUGUGGUCUUGCAGGUUCAUAUCACUGUCGUCAGGAUACAUUCUUUCUUAACUGUAAAGUAAUUAGCAAUAUUCACAAGCUGUGAGUGUCUCCUACCCAGGAUUUGUUCAGAUGUCAAGCACAAUAAGCUGCCUCUUCCUUCUGUUGUAAAACUUGAGAGGAGCAGCCUGGUGUGGGACAGGGCUAGUUCUGGAAAGCGUCCUAGCAGCCAGCGCAGGGGCAGGUUUCUCACUGCGCUCCAUCACGCACCCCAGAUCAGAAAAACGCUCCUCACAGAAACGUGACUUCUUUUGUUUGCACAAACAUUGCGCAGACGUGCUGUAAGAGACUUGCCCUGAGCUAGUUGCUCCACUCCGCCAGGGAGAGGUGUGUAUAUUUCCUCUUUAAUAAAAUACUCAACAACUCAA